AUGACGACUAAAGUUCCCACAGAAAUAUUGAUUAAAAUUUUAGAUAAAGUUCAAUCAUCUCGCUCAACUCAAGAUUUAUUUUCAUCACUAUUGGUUAAUAGAAUCUGGUGUAAAGUUACUAUACCUUUACUUUGGGGAUUACCUUUGGGUCAAGAAUAUCGUUGCACAGAUGAUAUAAAGUUGAGGAAGACAGCAUUAUGUAUUCGAACUUAUAUAUCGUGCAUGGAUACUCAAGCUAGAAAUUUACUUACUCAAAACGGAUUUGAUUUGUCGUCAUCACCACCUCAAACCACUUUUGAUUAUCCAUCAUUCAUUCAUAAAUUUAUAAUUAGUAAUUUAGUUUAUUAUAUUUCCAUAUAUUCACCACAAAUUAUUGUUUCAGAUAAUUUUGAAUUGACGGAUGUUCCCAUAAAUAUUUCUGAUGGUGAUUUAGUUGUUUCAAUUCUCAAGUUACCCGGUGCUCUGAAAACAUUUAAGAAAUUAGAAAAAUUACUAACAAAACUUAUCAGUGUUCAAAAAUGGUUAGAAAAUCUAACAAUUAUUGGUGGUUCUAAUCAAGAUUGUAAUUCAUUAUUAUGGGCUAUCAUUAAUCAAAAAGAAACAUUAAAGAGUCUUCGUUUAAUAUCAGUAAAUUUUAUUAGUUUCAAAGAGAAAUCAUCACCGAUUGGUCAAUUUAUUUCACUUCAAGAACUUUAUAUUGAAGAUUGCCACGGAUUAUAUAAAUCGGAAUGUUUAUCCUGGGCUUCAUCAUUUCCUCAAUUAAGUAGUAUUCAUUUUAAUUUUAGAUAUGAAUCUGAUAUACCUCAAAAAUUUAUUAUAAAAAUUCUCCAAACAGCUAAUAAAAAUUUAAGAAAUAUUGGUCUGAAUUUAUAUUCCCCAAUUACAUUUGAUAUAUUUUCAGCAAUUUUAAAUUAUUGUACAAAGAUUACCAAAUUAUCUUUACAGAAUUUAAAUCCGGAACAUGUAAUAGCAAUAUUUAAUAAUAGUUUUAAUGAAUUAAGAAGUUUUUCAUUUGAUUGUGGAUGGGAAGAAUUUGAUGCUAAUGAAUUAUUAUGUCAAAUGGCCGAAAAUGUACCAGAAUCACUUAAAACUAUUAUUAUUAAAAUGGGUUAUCACGAUCCAUGGACAUUUAGUGCUGAUAAUUUAAGAAAAUUUUUUGAAGGGUGGGGUUGUAAAGGAGGAGAAUUAAAUAAAAAGAUAAUUGUAAGACGUAGAGGACUGCAUUCAUUUAAAUUAAGUGAUGAACAUUUUAAAGUUAUUGAAGAAUAUGGAGUUCAAUUUAAUUUAGAAGGAUUAUAUUACAAAUAA